GUAUUUACUCGACUGUCGAAAUCUUGGGUGGAGACAUUAUUAAUGGCGCAGCCACAACUCUUCUGUUUAGUUGAUGGAAUCGUCGAAUUGAUGGAAUCGAUUGCCGCUCCUUUAAUUUUCUGGGAAGGGACAAAUCCAUUAAAUUUUUGGGGAGCAUGUCUGUUUGGUUUAUUUCAAAUUUUAAAACACAACAAGAUCUGUGAUAUCUGCAUAUAAAAAGAGCAUUGAGGAUACCGUGAUAAGAUAAAAACUGAAUUGCAAAGAUAAAGAUAAUGAAGCAACUAACAAGAUCAGCUGUGAUAGGGAGGAAAAGGAAACAUCCUUCUUAUAACAAAGAAAAUGAUAAUAGUUGGAUCAACAGUAGUAGAGAUUUUAAUCCAGAAGAUAGCUAUGUUUAUGGUGUUUUUGACAGUUCAAUAAAUUCACCAUUGAGCAUUAUAACUCAUAGUGGCAAUUUAAUAAAAUCAAGUAUUUCUCGCACAGUAAAGAAAAGAGCAACUCUUAAUGAAAACGAACAGAUGGAUAUAUCUACACAUAGGAGGGCGGUUACUGCUCACAGUAAUAUUCAGGUGUCCAAGGAAAACCACUCUCACAACAAUAGUAAAGCUAGCAUGGAUUCACAAUUUAAUGCUCAAUCUAUCCUACCUUUGACUGAUGUGACAAAUGUUAUCCAAGUCACUGUUAAUGAUGGUAACGGAUUGUCAGUAUUGAAAGUGAAGACAUCAAAGGGCAAAGACGAUAACAGAUCGACUUUGAAGACACCAAAUUGUCAUUGUAAUACUUCUUUGGGGUUGGAAAAUGUACUCGAUUUACAAAGUGUCGGACAAGUCACAAUUCAACCAACUCUUACUUGCCGCAAUCUAAAUAUAGACUUUGAUGAAGUACUAGAUCCUGGACAAAAUAUAAUUAAUUCAAUAGUUGUUGAGUAUGCAGAUUUGGGUGACCCAACAAAUUUAUGUGAACAUUGCAAUGCAUUAUUUUGGUACGAGGAGCGAGUGAAUAAAGCAUUGAUGAGUGGAGCCACGAGAUAUUCGGCGUGUUGUGGACAUGGGAAAAUUAAGCUGCCUCAAAUACGGAUGCCUCCCAAAAAAAUAUUUGAUUUAUUCUUUUGUCACGGGAAUAAGAGAACAGAAUUUCUGCAAAACAUCAGGACAUAUAAUAACAUGUUUUGUUUUACUUCUAUGGGAGCAAAGGUUGACAAAUCUCUAAAUACUGGAAAGGCUCCACCUAUUUAUAGGAUUAAUGGUCAAAACUUUCAUUUGAUUGGAAGCUUAUUACCAAAUGACGGUAAUAAGCCAAAGUUUGCACAACUUUACAUACAUGACACUCAAAAUGAAAUUGAUAAUCGCAUGAACUCAUUCAGGAAAGAAGAAGAUAGAGCUAAUAUACAUGUUGAUAUUGUUGGAGAUAUUAAACAGGUUCUAGAUAAGUACAAUGUAUUAGUGAAAUCAUUUCGAUGGGCUAAAUCUGAAAUUGACUCUAACCCACGAGUAGAGAUUAAAAUGAGACUUAUUGGUAAACGAAACAAUGAUGCAAGAACUUAUAAUUUACCAACAGUUUCAGAAGUCGCAGCUCUUAUUGUCGGUGAUCUAGACCCAACAAUAGGUGAACGUGACAUUUUGGUUGAGUGUAAAUCAGGUGGUUUAAAAAGGAUAAGUGAGUUGAAUCCCGCAUACUUACCAUUGCAGUAUCCUAUUUUGUUCCCAUAUGGCGAGGAUGGGUAUAGGGAGGACAUUCAGUUUAACUUCUCUGUAAACCAUCGUGGUGGGGGAAGGGUACGUGUAUCGCAGCGAGAGUAUUUUUCAUAUCGGAUACAUGAAAGAUUUAGUGAAGUGUCAACUUUACUAUAUGCAAAGCGACUUUUCCAACAAUUUUUGGUUGAUGCAUACACAAUGGUUGAAUCCAGUAGGCUAUUCUUCAUUAGGAACAAUCAGAAAGCUUUAAGGUGUGAAGCAUACAAAGGACUGUCAGAUGCAUUGACAAGAGGAGAAGUUGAUUCUAACAAACAAGGUAAACGAAUAAUUCUGCCGUCGAGUUUCACUGGUGGUGCAAGAUAUAUGAUACAGAAUUACCAGGAUGCAAUGGCAAUAUGUCGUCAGAAAGGAUAUCCCAAUUUAUUCAUUACAUUUACUUGCAAUCCAAAGUGGCCGGAGAUACAACGAUAUCUAGACAAGCGCAAUUUGAAAGCAGAAGAUAGACCAGACAUUGUCUGUAGAAUAUUUAAGAUGAAGUUGGAUUGCUUGGUUAAGGAAUUGAGAGCUGGCAAAUUAUUCGGUGCAGUUACUGCAGUUGUAUACACCAUUGAGUUUCAAAAACGUGGUUUACCACAUGCCCACCUAUUACUUUUUUUGGAAAGAAAUAGUCAAAGGUCGACAUCAAACUACAUGGAUUCCAUUAUUUCAGCAGAGAUACCGGACAAAGUAGUGGACAAGGAUUACUACAAUGUUGUUGAAGAAUUUAUGAUACACGGUCCUUGUGGACCAGCGAGAACAAAAUCGCCUUGCAUGGUGAACGGAAGAUGUUCAAAACACUUCCCGAAAAGAUUUGUUGAGCUCUCCAAUUGGGAUGAAGACGGCUACCCAAUCUACAUGCGCCGGGACGAUGGUAGAACUAUCUUAAAAAAUGGAGUGGAAUUAGAUAAUAGAUAUGUUGUACCACAUAACAGAUAUCUGCUUCUCAAGUAUAGGGCACACAUAAACGUGGAAUGGUGUAAUCAAUCGAGGUCUAUCAAAUACCUGUUCAAAUAUGUCAACAAGGGAAAUGACAGGGUCACAGCUGAAUUCUACAAGAGUACAACUGAUGAACAUUCAAAUGAAGUGGUAGAUGAGAUAAGCAUGUACUAUGAUUGCAGAUACGUGUCUGCUUGCGAGGCUACAUGGCGACUCCUUAGUUUCGAUGUCCAAUUUAGGACCCCUCCAGUUGAGAGACUAAGUUUCCACCUUCCAAAUUGCCAGUCAGUUGUGUUCGAGGAUGACGAUCGAAUAGACAACGUCUUGAAUCGUCCUACUGUGGGUCAAAGUAUGUUCACUGGCUGGUUCGAUGCAAAUAAGAGAUUUGAUGUUGCAAAGGGAUUGACAUAUAUUGACAUGCCAACCAAAUUUGUCUGGAAGAAAGAUAUUAGAGAAUGGCAUCCAAGGAAACGGGGUUUUUCAAUUGGUCGCAUUUUUUAUGUACCCCCAGGUAGCGGUGAAAUAUAUUACUUGCGAUGUCUCUUGAAUGUAGUUCGGGGUCCUACCAAUUUUGAAGAUAUCAUGACUUUUGAGGGAGUAAAGUAUCCAAGUUUUAGAGAUGCAUGUUAUGCACGGGGGCUACUUGACGAUGACAAAGAAUAUAUUGAUGCAAUAAAUGAGGCAAGUCAUUGGUCAACUGCACAAGCCAUGAGGAAAUUGUUUGUCAUACUCUUGACAUCGAACUUGGUUAUUAGGCCGGAAAAUGUUUGGAAUGCCGUGUGGCAACAUCUGUCAGAGGAUGCACAGUUUAAUAGACGAAGAGUCUUACAGAAAGAAGACUUGAUAUUAUCAGAUGACGAUAAGAAGAAUUUAUGUUUGAUUGAAUUGGAGAAAUUGCUACAGUUGUACAACAAGUCUUUGAAAGACUACCCUCAAAUGCCAUUACCAAACUUCGAUGAUGCAUGGUUGGUUGAUAAUAGAUUGUUGUUUGAGGAACUGGCUUAUGAUCGUGAAGCUUUACAUGAAGAGAGUCAAAUGAUGGAAAGACAAUUAACUGACGAACAAACCAUAGUAUAUGAAACAAUCUUGGGAGAUGUAUCCUUGAACAACGGUGGAUUGUUUUUUGUGUACGGUUAUGGUGGAACCGGGAAAACAUUUGUUUGGAAGGCUUUGUCUGCAAAAUUGCGAUCUAAAGGUGAUAUCGUCAUCAAUGUUGCCUCAAGUGGUAUAGCCUCAUUACUUCUAACUGGAGGACGAACUGCUCACUCCAGAUUUGCAAUACCAAUUUCUUUAAAUGAAGAUUCAACGUGUAAUAUCAAUCAAGGUAGCCACCUCGCAGAAUUAAUUGUAAAGACAAAGUUAAUAAUUUGGGACGAAGCACCGAUGAUGCACAAGCACUGUUUUGAAGCAUUAGAUAGAACAAUGAGGGAUUUGAUGCGAUUCCACGAUCCGCUUAGUGCUGAAAAGACAUUUGGUGGCAAGACUGUUGUAUUUGGGGGUGACUUUAGGCAAAUAUUGCCUGUUAUACCUAAAGGUACAAGGCAAGAUAUUGUAUCAGCUACCAUAAAUUCUUCUUAUCUUUGGGAUACAUGUAAAGUUCUUAGGUUAACAAAGAAUCUCCGAUUAAAUAGAAUGGACCCCGAGGUUGAUCUACAACAAGUUGAAGAUUUUGCAGAAUGGCUUGCAUCUAUCGGAGAUGGAACAAUGGGAGGUCCAAAUGAUGGUUAUGCAAAUGUUAACAUCCCACAGGAAAUGUUGUUGCCAUCUACCGGUGACCAUAUAGCAACAAUUGUAGAUAGUACAUUCCCAAUGUUCAAAAAUGGUGGAUGUGACCAUAGCUACCUUGAAAGUCGAGCAAUAUUGGCUCCAACACUUGAUGUUGUUAACGCCAUAAAUGAGUAUAUGAGUCAGUUGCAUGUAGCUGAGAGCAAGACUUAUUUCAGUUGCGACACAGUUUGUAAGUCUGAUUCAAGCAACGGUAUCCUUUCAGAUGUGCACACUCCUGAGUUUCUAAAUGGAUUGCGAGCAUCUGGUAUCCCUAACCAUGCAUUAACUCUAAAGGUGGGAUCCCCUGUAAUGUUAUUGAGGAAUAUAGACCACUCGCUUGGUUUAUGCAAUGGUACGAGGUUGGUCAUCACUAGGUUAUCGGACCAUGUUGUGGAAGCAAAAAUUGUGACUGGUAACAGCUCUGGUACAAUGGUUUUAAUACCUAGGAUGUCAAUGACCCCAUCAGAUCCAAGAUUGCCAUUCAAAUUCCAAAGAAGACAAUUCCCUCUUAUGUUGUCGUACGCAAUGACCAUAAACAAAAGUCAAGGACAGACACUGUCUCAUGUAGGUUUGCUGUUGAAGAAACCAGUGUUUGUACAUGGUCAAUUGUACGUUGCUGCGUCUAGAGACGUUACACUGGUUUACAUUCCAUCUCCUGGAAUGGGUCACCUUGUUUCUGCUGUGGAAACAGCAAAGCUCCUUCUACAAACACAACAUCAACUCUCCAUUUACAAUCUUGCUCCUGAAUAUGCCUGCAAUUGA